CAGUUUUUUAGUCAAAUAUGGAGUUUAGCUAACAUUUUAGCAUUAUGCUAGCUGUUUUUGGCUAAUUUAGACAUUUUCCCAUCUUUUUCCAUAAGUGGUUUAGCUCUUUGCUUUAUACUGUUGAGUAGAAAUUGGGAAAAACUGGAGAAUCUUCAGAUAAAUCAAAGAAAGACGCAAAACAAUGUAAAAAAAAAGUAAAAAUAAAAAAAAAGUCAGGAUGAACUCAAACAGGAUUUUUGAGUUACAAUAACAGCUGUUUAAGAGGUUUAACAGCUAUUGAUGGAGUAAGUAGGUUUGGUUGAACAUCUGUGCGCACUUUUAUGAGACUUUUCUGGGCAUGCGCGUGUGUUGUUUUCUCCCGGGACCACAGGGGGGCGCUGUCUGUGGUGUAUUCUGGAUUAGAGCGCUAAAAGACAGCAGCCACUGGUGUAGAUUGAUGAUCAUCAUCCUUCAGAUGAAAGUCUAAAGUCUUCUGCUGUUCAGCGCCUUCAGGUGUGCUUAAGCCCCGCCCCCAUCUGCGCAUAAUUUAUGCUAAUGAGCAGGUGCGGCGCCUCUUGAGGCGCGCCGCCGGCGGCCGGCAGAGCAGACGCGCCGGAUGGAGCCGAGCGGGCGGCAGCGGGAGCUCAACCGGAGGGUCUUCACCAGGUGAUGCUGUCGGCACUGCGGAUGGAUCCCCGGUUCAGACGGAAAAGGCCUUUCGUGACUCUGUGGGUCAUCCUCGUCAGUCACGCGCAUCUCUGCUGCUGCGCUGACAGAGAAAACGCCUCUGACUGGGAAAACAGCGGGAGCAGCAGGAUAAAACAGGAGAAAUGGGACACCACUUCCCAGGGAGGGCAGACAGCCUUUGCUCUUCCGGACAUCAACACAACUGUCACCAGUCAAUCACUGGUCGGCUGGAUUCCUGUGUCCAACCUGACGUCCUCCAUGGGAGAAAGGGCACAAAAUGCCUCAUGGACCCACAGCUCUGAUCCAUCAACUGCAAUAAAAAUCUCUGUUACUAACAUGUCCACAACAACGGCUAACCAAGAACUACGCAGCACUACAGAAACCAGUACAUCACUGAUUAAUGAAUCAUCAGCCAGGACUACACCAUCUAAAAAACCUCAGACCAAUCCGGUAACUGUCUCCUAUCAACAGACAACCGCAGAAUUAAACCACCAACAAUCCUCACCCAUUCCCACUCAAACCAAACCUGGAAGUCCUGCAAUCGUGUCUACUCUACCCUCUUCUAAGGCUGUACAGUACACCCAAUCAAAGACCAGUCCUGCACUUUACACCCCAAAAGGUACAACCCCAGCCUCAGGUGGCCAAUCAACGCACACAACAACCAUACAAGAAUUUGAACAGUCACCAACCAACACAAGGAGUUUCAGUCAAAUACCAGCCACCAAAAAGCAAGCACAUAGUAAAAAAGGACAGAGUAUGAUAGAAAAAACAAACCCUUCUCAAACCAACAAGUCACUAAACAAGACAGCACUACAGCGUCCACAGCAACCCACCACCACAUUGCUAGGGAAGUCACUGCCGACUAGAAAAACGGCAGCAACUACAGAAACGCCUGCCCAAUUAUCAACUAGUGUCACAUCAGCUAAAGGUGUCCUAUGGCAUCCUCCUGUCCCAAACAGCACACCACCAGCCAGCCAGGUAAAUGGUAGAAUAACACAAGCCAGGCCAUUCACAUCUUCAGACCUAUCGACCAAGCUGGAAACGAUAAACCAGCCAUCUAAAGGCUCAACAUCAUUUCCUUCACCAACAGUUAAGACGGUCCAGGAAUCACAAGUUAGUCACUCAUCAGCAACUAAAAAACCAGCAGUCAAUUCACAAGAUAUCACAUCUCCAGUUCGGUCUGCAUCAGAGACAAAACAACUAAAUCAAUCAUUUGAUGACAAGAAAUCUGACAGCUCAGAAUCACCUGAAAGACUAUCAGCCAGUUCUCCAACAGAGAAACCAGCAAUAGAAACGCCACGAACUACCCAAUCACUGCCAAACACGGCUAAAUCUGGACAGUCAUCAACAAGUACAGAAGCUUUUGAUCAAUUGCAAAGCAUCACAGCAGCUCACUAUACCUCAACUCCACAUUCAACAGGCAUCGCUGCAAAACCAAGACAAGGUUUAUUUGACAGAAAUCCAUCAAAAACAUCAUUUAACACACCUGAUCUCAGGCCUUCAGGACUGGCUGAUGAAUCAAUACAAACUCCACAACCUUCUGGUCCCAACUCACCAAGCAUGCCAGCUACCGAUCAGUUACCCUCCACUUCUGGUACCAUUGAUCAAUCACUGAACAGCUCAACACAGUCAACACGCGGACCAGAACUGUCAGAGAACCGAGCCUUUCCACCAGAGCAGCCUCCUGUUAAUGUUUCAGUGCUCACCAAGCAGACGAAGGAGGCCCUGGGAUCAUCCAGACGCAGAAUUUCAGGAGAGUCAUGUGAUUUUCCAUGUCUUAAUGGAGGACAGUGUGUUCACCAGUCAUGUGACUGCAGCUUGUAUCAUGCCACUGGACACAGGUGUCAGACAGUUGUGAAUCUGGGCUUUGAGAGGGAGAUGACGUGUAGGACGUGGGGUCAGUACAACUUUGAGACCUUUGAUGGCCUCUACUAUUACUUCCCUGGUCGGUGCACGUACACCUUAUUGAAGGACUGUGGGGAAAACACACAGGACGGCCUGGUCGUCCAGGUGCACAACGACCCCGAGUGCAGCUCCACCCCCUACACCUGCCAGCGCUCCGUCAGCAUCUUCCUGCCCUGGGAGGGCGAGAUCCGACUACACGCCUCCAACGUAACCUUCAAAGGGCGAAGUCUGCAGCUGCCCCAUCACAUCCACCACCUGCAGCUGGAGCAGAUCUCCCAGUACGUGCUGGUGACGCAGCAGCAGGGCUUCACGCUGGCGUGGGAGGGGCGCACCGGCUCAGUCUACAUCAAACUCAGCCCCGAGUUUGUGGGCGGAACCUGCGGCUUAUGCGGCAACUUUAACGCAGAUGUCCAGGAUGACAUGACCACGAGUUACGGUGUUCUGACUCACGACUUGGAAAUGUUUGGGAACAGUUGGAUGGAGAUGGAGCCUCAACAGAUCCCUUGUCCUCCGGUCGGCUCUUCUUUCACGUCACCUUGUGCUGGAGUGGACGUUCAAGCUUUGAUGAGAGUGGAGGAGGUUUGCUCGAUGCUCCUCAACCCCCCGUUUCAGAGCUGUCACGACUUUGUGAGCCCGCUGCCGUACAUGACCAGCUGCUCCAACGACCUCUGCAAGUCCGGUCCCAGCGGUGAUGUGGUAUGCCAGGUGCUCAGCGAGUACGCGCGGGCCUGCGCCCAUGCCGACCACCCACUGCACGACUGGAGGCGGGACAUUCCUCAGUGUGUGAAGCAGUGUCCUGUGGGGCUGCAGUACCGGGAAUGCAUCAGCUGCUGCCCGGCGACCUGCAGCCUGGAGCGCACGUGCAUCGACAGCAGGCUGGCCUGUUUGGAUGGCUGCUACUGUCCUGAUGGUCUGAUUUUUGAGGAUGGGGGCUGCGUGGAGGCGUCAGACUGCCCAUGCGAGUACCACGGCAUGUUUUAUCCUGCUGGACAGUCGCUGCAGGAGGAAUGCAACAACUGCACAUGUGUGGGAGGAGUGUGGAACUGCACUGACCACAGCUGCCCAGGCGAGUGCUCGGUGACAGGCGACAUGUUUUUCCAGUCCUUUGACGGGCGGAUCUAUACUUUCCCUGCAACAUGUCAGUACGUCUUGGUCAAAAGUCGCCUUUCAGGAAAGUUCACCGUCACCCUCCAGAACGCCCCCUGUGGGCCGAAUUUGGACGGGGCAUGCAUCCAAUCAGUUAACCUGGUCAUUGACGAGGAUCCAAGAACCGAGAUAACUCUGAGCCACACGGGAGAGGUCUUCAUGGCCGGACAGUACCGCAUCUCGCUGCCCUAUUCUGACGACGUCUUCCACAUCCAGGAGCUGUCCUCCAUGUUCCUCCAGGUGAGGACAACCUUCGGCCUGCAGCUGCAGUACAGCUGGACGGAGUUCCGCCUCUACCUGCAGGCGUCCGAGCUGUGGAAGGACGACACAGUGGGGCUGUGUGGAACCUUCAACGGCAACAUUCAAGAUGACUUCCUGUCCCCGUCAGGAAUGAUAGAGAGCACCCCACAGCUGUUUGGAAACACGUGGAAGGUCUCGUCUGCUUGUUCGUCCAGUCUGAGCGUGCCCCCCAUGGACCCGUGUGACAGUCACCAGCAGGCCGUGAGCUACGCCUCAUCAAUGUGCGAUGUGCUGAAUCAGGAUCUGUUCUCCGCCUGUCAUGAGUACCUCAGCCCCGCCCCCUUCCAUCAGCAGUGUCGGGCAAACACCUGUAAGUGCGGGACGCCCUGCCUUUGCUCCACGCUGGCUCACUACGCUCGACACUGCCGCAAAUUCUCCGUCAUCGUUGACUUUCGCUCCCACAUUCCCGACUGUGCCGUCAGCUGUCCCGCCUCCAUGGAGUACGGCAGCUGUGUGUCCUCCUGCCAGGGACAGUGCUCCUCCCUCCCUGCCCUGCAGCGCUGCGGGGAGGAGUGUGAGGAGGGCUGCGCGUGCCCUCAAGGAUCCUUCUACAACCACAGAACACACACCUGUGUGCACAGGAGCCAGUGUCCCUGCAGUGUCUAUGGAGCCGACUACGAACCAGGAGAUGUGAUCGUGACUUCUGCAGGUGUUAAACUCUGCCUGAAUGGUAAACUGGUGUCCCAAAGCCCAGACUCUGAGAGGUUGUGUCCAGCAGGCCAGCUCUACCAGAACUGCUCGGAUGGAGAUGACGGCUUUCUGCCAGGAAGAGGUGUGGCCUGUGAGCACACCUGUGAGUCCCACCUGCUCAACAUCCCCUGCUCCUCCCAUGACCCCUGUGUGCCGGGAUGCGUCUGCCCCCACGGUCUACUGAAACACGGCGACGAGUGCUUUGAACCAGCAGCCUGCCCCUGUCUUUGGAAAGGAAAGGAAUAUUUCCCCGGUGACAGAGUCUCCUCCCCUUGCUACCAGUGUGCUUGCCAGCAUGGGACGUUCCAGUGUGCGUUUCGUCCAUGUCCAUCCAUGUGCACGGCUUACGGGGAUCGCCACUACAGGACGUUCGAUGGGCUGCUGUUCGACUACGUUGGUGCCUGCAAAGUUUACCUUGUAAAGAGCAUCGCUGAUGCCGUGUUCAGUGUCACAGCUGAGAACGUGGACUGUUUCGACACCGGAGUCAUCUGCAAGAAAUCUCUGCUGAUCAAUGUGGGGGCGUCUUUCCUGUCGUUGGAUGACCACACGGGAAAACCAAACCCGUCCAGUGUGAUUGACAGGACUCAGAGGCUGUUCAUUUGGCAGGCUGGACUCUUCACAGUGGUUCAUUUCCCAGAGGAAGACAUCACUGUCCUCUGGGACCACAAGACCACCGUUCACGUCCAGGUUGGACCUCACUGGCAGGGACGGCUGAGCGGGCUGUGUGGAAACUUUGAUCUGAAGACGGUGAACGAGAUGAGGACUCCUGACAACAUGGACUCUCCGACGCCACAGGAGUUUGGAAACAGCUGGACCGCGACUGAGUGUGUCAACAGUCCGGACAUCAGACACCCGUGCAGUCUGAGCCCCCUCCGAGAGCCUUUUGCCAAGCAUCAGUGUGCCGUUCUCCUCAGUGAGGUCUUCCAAACCUGCCACCCAGUGGUGGAUGUCAGCUGGUUUUACGAGAACUGCCUCGCAGACACGUGCGCUUGCAGCCGAGGGGGCGACUGUGAGUGUUUCUGCACCAGCGUGGCGGCAUAUGCCCAGCGCUGCUGCCAUGAGGGCGUUCCCGUCGACUGGCGCUCCCCUUCUCUUUGUCCUCAUGAUUGUGAGUUCUACAACAAAGUUCUAGGAAAAGGUCCCUUCAAGUUGUUCACGCUCAGAGAUGGCUCAGCUGUGGUGGUGGCCAGCAGGUCCAGUGGCCUGGUGUUCCUGCAGCACCCCAACGCCAGCGCCUCUGAGGCCCCCGGCGUCUUCUCACAGUUUAUGAUGACGCCGGGCCUCAGCAGAGCUCGGCGGCACGAUUCUUCCCGAGUCUCCUUUGAAGCAGCAGAAAGACCGAACUACUUCCUGCAUGCCAGUCCGAGUGGCCAAGUGAGGCUGGCCAAGUGGGAGGACAGUGAGAGCUUCUGGACUGGAGCCACCUUCAUCAUCCGCAGGAACACCUGGAUCCCGGGUUUUGACUCCUUUGAGUCCCAAGCAAAAGCCGGUUUCUUCCUUCAUGCAAAGCCGUCGCGGGUCCACCUGCUGAAGUACAGAGCCACGGAGAGCUUCCGCAGGGCCACGCUGUUCCGACUGGCCAGUCCUGGUCCAGACACCCAACCUGGUCCUCGGUGUCAGUGGAGGUACGAUGCUUGUGUCAGCCCCUGCUUCAGGACCUGCAGCGACCCCUUGGCUGAAGCUUGUACUGGGAUCCCACUAGUGGAGGGCUGCCUUCCCUUCUGCCCCCCACACAUGGUCCUGGACGAGAUCACCCGUCGGUGCGUCUAUGUGGAAGACUGCUUUGGGAUUCCAGCCGCCAUUGUUCCCACCACACCCCCAGCUGGAACCAUCUCUGCUCGUCCCAGCCCAGGAACAGCUACUUCCACCCCCUCCUCCAUGAGGACCACCAUCCACACCAUCAAACCCACCUCUCAGCCGGAUGUUGUCACACCCUCCAAAGCUUAUGGGCCUUCCAGGACCAAGGAGUCUCCGUUUUAUACAAUCAGACACCCAACUGCAGUGGUACCGCUCUCUAGUGCGGUCGUGACGGAACAUCAGUCCACUACUUCAUCAAAAACAACAACAACCAGAUCACCAAGCACUACAGUUAGCCCAUUUAGCUCCUCCAGAACCCUGAUCUCUGCUGCAACUUCAACCACAACCUCAGCAGAACACUCCAGAACUUCAUUGUGGGGUUCCACCUCGAGUACUCUUUCUGCUGAAGUAUUUACAAAAGAGAAUAUCACAAAGGCAACAACAGGAGUCUAUCAGACGGGCAAAUCUUCCACCCCAGCUCUUUCUCCAGUCUCAGAGCCGUCUAUGGUCACACAAAAGGCAACUGCUCCUGGUCCAGAUGCCUCUGUAGAUACAGGAACCAGCACCAAAUCUACAACCGGGAAGGAACCACCUGCAACAUCACCUGCCAGUCUGCCUGGUUUACUCAGUAAACCAUCCACAACAUCCAUAUCAGUUUCACCUCCAGCUGAGAGAAAAACUAUAUCCAUGCCAACAUCGUCUACAGAAGAGAAAAUACAGUCAGUUACAGCAGUGAUGCCAUUCAGCACCAAUAAAACAACCCAGCAGACAUCCCCUACUGACCUCCCUUUGGGGAACUUUACUACAACCACCAUUUCCAAGCUACUUCCCACAAAUGUCACCCACAUCACACCUGCCACAACAGCUGCCUCAUCAGCCACUACAGACUGGCAAACAACAAGGAGAAUGACCACAACAGAACUUCCAGAAUCUAAAAUCCCUGGAGUUUCUACAAAAGGUGCAUCUCCACUUUCAAAGAUUACAUACACAACAUAUCCUACUUCCUCUGUGUCCUGGCCUGGAGCUGUCCCAGUGACAGACAAAGCUCUCACCAGUGGUGUGACUUCUAGACCUCUAGUUGUUCCUGAGAGUUUCAACACCUCCACAAAUCUUUUCACCACAAAGACUACCACAAUAUCAGUGUCUCCCAGAGAAACCACUGCUAUAACAUUGUCAAAAGCAACAGGAAGCUCCACCUCUCCUGUCACUACUGAUCAAACAACCAAACCAUGGCGUCCUCCCCAUCGAGAAACCUCCUUUACCACAGUCUACAAACCCACUGUGAAGGCACCAUCAGAGGUCUCUUCAGAAACUGUGGUUACCUCCACUAAAGACCCUCACCUUUUAGUCACACCAACCCGAACCUUUUCCACCGGCAGAACUACAUCAGAAACUCCAACCACAGAAAGUGGAGCCACUACAACCAGAAAACCGGUUACCACACAACCUAUGCAUGGCACUUUUGAGAGACCCCAGACCACGGCUUCUACUGCUGUACCACCACCACCCUCUGUUGUUACCACUACAUUCACGUCUGUUGUUGCCCAAAGGAUCACAGAAGUAUCGCAGACAGAAACAGGACAGUUUACAACCAAAGCUAUAACUCCUCCUCCUCCACCUGUCUAUCCUCUAUCAACCAGAACCUCAGACUUAGCUACAAGCCCAACUACUGUCCAGGACACAGCCAUUACUCUGUCAGUGUCCACAUCCAAAUUUGAACCCACUACAACAUCUGACAUCACCAGACAGACAACUACCUCCAGGACAACAGCCGCAGUACCUGUAGCAACAACAGUUACGUCCAAUAUCACGUCAACCAUCAGACCCACCACUGCCAGUUCCAGCACAAGAACAAAGCCCUCAGAAGGAACCACGACAUCAACCACAGUUGGACCCUCAACAGUUGUGCCAAGUCACAGCACCACUCUCACAUCCAGAGUGUCAUCUGCAACUGUGUCUAACACAACCAAACAUGUCAGUGCAACAGAUCUUCACCUAACCACUAAAAUCACCUUAGAUCCUGAGUUUGUUCCAGGCACCUCAUCUAUAUCUACCCCCAGAGUAACCACUAGUCAGUUCACUUCAUCUGGGAGGAUCUCCCCAGCCCAAGAGGCCGAUGUGUCCCCCUCAAAAGUGCCCACACCCACACAAAUGUCUGAGAUUUCUGGUUCCAAUACAACUUUAGCUCCAUCUACUACCACAAACAGAACGACUGCAGCUUUUGGAGGGACUCGUCCCAGUGUAGUUGUGCCUUCAGCACAUGCAGGAACAACCAGUUAUAAAGCAGAUGAUACAACUUCCAUGACUGUACCACCUUCAAGGAUGUGCACUCCUCCGUAUGUUGAGAUUGUGGAUGAGUGCACCAAGUACAUCUGUGUCAAGAACCAGCUUGUCCUGUUCAACAAGUCCCAGAGCUGCCCCUUCUCAGCUGAACCGCCAAAUUGUGGCUUGCUUGGUUUCGCAGUUCUGGUCAAUGGAGACAAAUGCUGCCCUAAAUGGGACUGUCCAUGUCGAUGCUCGAUGUUUCCUGAUCUGAAUGUGAUCACAUUCGAUGGGAACAGUGUUGCCAUCUACAAGGCGGCCCUGUACAUAGUUACCCAGCUUCCCAAUGAGACGGUUACUGUGAUGGUGCAGGAGUGUCCUGCUGACUCUGAGUCUCUGCUCCUUUGGAACUUCACCAACCUGUGUCUGGUGUCGCUAAACAUCACUCAUAAAUCCAACCAUGUGGUCAUCAACAGGCUGCAAAGACGGCUCUACGUCAACACACGGUACGCUAAAGCCCGCUUCAAAAAGUACGGCUUUGAGAUCUACGACACGGGAAACAUGUACCUGAUCCGAAGCCCAGCUGGCCUCAAGCUGCAGUGGUACCACAGCACCGGCAUGAUGGUGAUUGAGACAGACAGCAAGCUUCCUACCAUGGGCCUCUGUGGUGUCUGCGAUGGAGACCCAGUGGAUGACCUCACCCUUCCCAAUGGUUCCCUGCUGGGAGCAGGUGAAGACCCCGCUCUAUUCAUUGACAGCUGGCAGGUGUCCAACACCACCGGCUACAUCAGCCAAAGCCGCCGGCGGGACCUCAACUGCUCCACCAGUGACUGCUCCACCUGCCUAUCCAUGCUGGAGGACAACACGUUUACAGCUUGCCAUAACUUUGUGCCUCCCAGUACAUUUUGUGAGGUUUGGGUGCGAGACUCUGAGUACGUUAAUAACCAGUGUGUGGCUCUGGCUGCUUAUGUGGCAACUUGUCACAAGUUCAACAUCUGCAUUGAGUGGAGGAGACCGAACUACUGCCCCUUUAUAUGUCCCACCACACUUCGGUACCAGGCAUGUCUGCCGGCAUGCACGUCUCAGUCCUGUCCCAAUCACGACUUUGACGCAGAUCCAGAUCAGUGCUCAGGCUUGACUGAAGGCUGCGUCUGUCCUGAGGGAACACUCCUCCAUCGACAGUACUCUGCGCUCUGCAUCCCCCCAGAGAAAUGCGCCUGCACAGACAGUGCUGGUGUUCCUCGGGCCAGCGGUGAGGUCUGGAAAGCCUCCCAGGACGGCUGCUGCAUGUACCGCUGCGACAACGACACCAUCCUACCUGUGCAGUACGACUGCUCCAGUUUGCCUCAGCCUGUGUGCCGGCGGGCCGGAGAGAUGAUCAUCAGCAUGGCCCACGACUCCAGCUGCUGUCCGCAUAAAGUUUGCAUGUGUAACCAGAGCCUGUGUGACCAGGUGCCUCCCACCUGUAAAUACGGGGAGAAGCUAGUGUCGUACCACAGGGAGGACUCCUGUUGUCCAGACUAUGUUUGUGAGUGCGAUGCUGGACUCUGCACGUCGAACAUUCCCACCUGCAGAGAAGAUCAGACCCUUGUUGCCACCAGAGUGGACGGCAGCUGCUGCGUGGCUCACAUCUGCAUGUGCUCCUCCUGUGUGGCCACGCCCCCUCUCUGUCAGGAUGGCGAGGUGCUUGCUGUCAACAACACCACCACAGACCGCUGCUGCCCCAUUUACCAGUGUGUGUGUGAGCCCUACAGGUGUCCUCAGCUCAGCUGUCCUCUGGGGAUGUCGCUGGUGUCCGUGUCCACUCCGAACCGCUGCUGUCCAAACCAAACUUGUGAAUGUACCUGUGAGAAGAUCCCCUUCCCGAACUGUCGCCUGGGGGAAACUGCUCAACUGGACCAGGCCUUUUUGUUCGACCCGCAGAACCUGUGUUCCUGCAAGAGAUAUAGAUGUGUGCGCGAGGAAGUCUGUGUGUUUGGUGAGCGCAGUGUUCUACAGCCAGGUCAGACUCUGGUGGAGCACAGAGACGGAGGUCUGUGCGUCACCAGGGAGUGCAGCCACGCCCGCGACCCGACCAGUGGCUUCUACCUGCUGCGCACGUCCAGUGUCAACUGCUCUGCCCACUGCCAAGCAAAUCAGAUCUAUGUGCCUCCCAAAGACCAGUCCACUUGCUGUGGGGUCUGCAAGAAUAUUUCCUGUCUCUACCAACAUGAAAAUGGAACCACAAGUCUCUACAAGCCAGGACGAUCCUGGGCUUCAAACUGCAUGAAGUUCGACUGCAGCGACACUCUGUUUGGACCAACGCUCAUCACCUAUGCCUUCAGCUGCCCCCCCUUUAAUGAGACGGAGUGCAUGAAGAUUGGUGGAACCGUGGUAAAUUACAUGGACGGAUGCUGCAAGACAUGCAAAGAGGACGGAAAGUCUUGUCAGAAGGUGACGGUGAGGAUGACGAUCAGGAAAAACGACUGUCGCAGCAACAGACCUGUGAACAUUGUGUCGUGCGAUGGAAAGUGUCCGUCUGCGAGCAUAUACAACUAUAACAUCAACACAUAUGCCCGCUUCUGCAAGUGCUGCAGGGAGACGGGGCUGCAGCGGCGCUCCGUGCAGCUCUACUGCAGCAGCAACGCCACCUGGGUCACCUACACCAUUCAGGAGCCCACCGACUGCUCCUGCCAGUGGUCCUAGCCCACAGCCAGCCCAGGACACUCACAUGCAGGCACAGACACACACUGAAGAGGACGCCUGAGCCAUGGUGCUCCGGGGACUUGGGAUGUCAGGAGAGACUGGUGCAGAGCGGAUAGAGCUGACUGUUGGUGUUGACGCGUUCUGCUGUCAGCUCAUGAUGAUCACAGCGGAGCGCCUCUACUGGCAGGGAGGGGGAGCUGCAGAGCACAUGAGAAGGCAGUUUCCAGCCACAGGACACAGCAGCUCAAAGUGUUCCACAGUUUCAGUGAUGGAGGAAAAUCUGUCAUUUCCCUGGAAACCAGUGAGGUCUUCUCUGUUUCUGUACAGUUCUUAUGGUGUGUUGAACAGCAGUCAGAUACAAUAAAAGGCAUCUGCAAAUCCUAAA